UCACUAUAUUUAGUGAUGAACAUACGCCAAGAUCUCCCACUCCAUUUGCAAUGGCUUGUGGUGUGCGUCUAGAUUCGACGUUCUCAUCAUCAUGACCGUACAGAGACACCAACAUCAAUAUGUUAAAAGAACACAAAUCAAAUAGCUGUAAGGAACUCCUAAAUCUAAAUCUAAAUCUAAAUCGAGAGAGUAAAACUUUCGAAUCUAGACCUAAAUCUAAAUCGGGAGAGAAGAUAAGCCUAAUCUUGGAGAGAUUAUAGAGUUAGGCCAUGGACAUCUUCCUCGAUGGCUGAUGGUUGAACUCGAUUCCAUGUUCACCUAAAACCAGCUGCAAAAAUUUAUUCACACACACAAUCUCCAAAAAACAGAUCAGGAGAGAAGAAAAGACAGUCAAAACAGUUGGGUUUGCCUCAAGACUUGCAGAGAGUAGCGAUCCGGUGAAAUGGUUCACGUUGGCACUGUAAAAUCCUAAUGGAGUACCAGUUUUGACAAUCGUCAGCUCUUGUUUGCUUACGAGGUGCUCACAAGGGCACCCUAGGGUCUCCAUAUUGUCCCUCAACCCCUGUGGAAAUCAAGUCAUUCGGUCGAUCCCCGAAUCAGGAGAUAAGAAGGGAUCAGCACCUUUUGCACUUGCGAAGCCCCAGCAGUCAGCGGACUCAGCACGCGGAGCUAAGCCCACUACUUCCGUCGCUCUGCUUGGCGGGAAACGAACGAGAAAGAGUAGCCUGCAUAUGAGGUGUUCGACGAAUUGCUCCACCGAAGAUUUUUCAGCUCAUGCGCCACGACUGAUGGAUUUUUACGUAGAGCUCCUUGUGAUCAUCUUAUUUUUACGAUUUCAUUGAUUUGUCGAGGUGGGUCUAACUCUACGAUCCUGCGACGUCUCCGAGGCACACACUAUGGCAUUUACUUUCUUGAGAAGAGGCGUUGCAGUAACGUUAGGGGUCAACUCUCGUUUUCUUCCGAGGUUGGUCAGUGUUUGGUCGAGUGCGUCUGAAGUUGCUGAUAGGGGAAUCGAAAAGGGUCGGUCCGAGUUGGUUUAUAAUGGGCCUAGAACAACUGCUCGCGGUUCGAACAGAAUGCAGCUUUCUCCAUUGUUUGCUGAUGGCAGGCCUUCAUUAGCUGGUUGUGCCAUAGAGGUUGUGGAUGACGACCAGUGGCGGGUCUCUGCUGGGUUGGCGCAGGCAUGGCAGGGGCCAAGGAGGUCGUUGGGAACAGAAAAUUUGACCAAAACGACAGAGGAGUAUGAGGAUCAUUCUUCAUCUGUCGAGGAAGAGGCCGACUUCGAUGAGAUUGAUAACAUGCGGAUAAGAGGCAAUCUCUUUUACAAAAUUGACAAGGCAUCCAAGGAGUUCGAAGAGUACAGUUUUGACUUCCAUAGGAAGAAAUCCCCAAAGCGGCGAGAAGAUCCAAAGGAAAGCAAGAAGAAGGAAGACCAAGGUUUAGUCACCAGAGAUGAAAAACUUCCCAAAGCUGCAAAGAAAAAGAAUGUGCCUUUUCUGCUGGAUGAAGCCGAAGUCGAUUGCACUUCAAGCAAGAAGAGGUUGAGGACUCCGACAUUUAAUCAACUCACAGGUCCUUACCAUGAACCGUUUUGCCUGGAUAUUUACAUAUCGAAGGCCUCUGUUCGUGCAUGUAUAAUUCACAGGGCGACGAGCAAAGUCGUUGCUGUGGCACAUUCUAUUUCGAAAGACAUGAAGUUCGAUCUGGCUUCGACUAGAAAUGCAGCUGCUUGCGCUGCUGUUGGCGAAAUUCUGGCUCAGCGAGCGUUGGCUGAUGACAUUCAUGACGUAAUUUAUACGCCGAGGAAAGGGGAGAAAUUGGAGGGAAAGCUUACGAUUGUGCUUCAGGCUGUUAUUGAUAAUGGGGUUAACGUGAAGGUGAAACUUAAGCAACGAAAAACGAAGAAAGCCAACCAAGCCACAAUUUAGAAGCAGAGUCAUCAGCUCUCUAAUUGGGAGCACAUUAGAAUGGAAUUCUGCUGUUCUGGUGGUGACUGUUUAUGGGUAGAUGCAACUUUUGCUUAUAUGAUCUAGAGAAUGUUGCAUGACAUUGUAAUGCAUUACUUUUCUCCUGGAGAUGAGUUUUUGCAGAGAGAGCGAGAGAGUAUUAUCUGCUCAUUUUUAGGGGAUGGACUAUUGAACAAGAAUAUCCUCUGAAAGCUGUAACAGACAGAAGUAGAACAAACCUCUUGGACAAGUACAAGGUUUCUAGUCCUACUGUUGAUAGACAAGUUUGUUUUAUCAAUGAAGGUUUUUGUCCAUAAGCCAAGAAAAUUUUUGAGAGAAAAUUCUUGUUGAUCAUAACUAGUUUGCCAAAUCAAUACAUCUAUCUCAUGACAUUUUCAUUUU